AUGCCUGCAAAGGUACCCUCGACCUACCCGUCUGACACGGAGACGGUGGAUCUCAGAGACAACGAGACAGAGUCUGGCUAUGCCAGUGGCUCCUCCAGUGAAGCAAGCCUGCCAGAGGUCAUUUUCACGAAAACUCAUCUGCAAUUCCUCAACCGCCAGUUGCAAUUCCUUGAGCCCAAAGACAUUCUGAGAUGGUGCAUCACCACGCUACCAAAUCUCUAUCAGACCACGGCCUUUGGCCUGAGCGGUCUUGUCAUUACUGAUAUGCUCUCCAAGCUGGAGGUCCCCCGGCCGCAGGUGGUGGACUUGAUCUUCCUCGACACCCUUCAUCACUUCCCAGAGACGCUUGCCCUCGUUGAUCGGGUGCGCAAGCGAUAUCCUCACAUCAACAUUCACAUCUUCAAGCCUGCUGGCGUCGAGACAGCAGAGGAGUUUGCUAAGAAGUACGGCGAGCGUCUGUGGGAAACGGACGACCAGCGUUACGAUUGGACUGCCAAGGUCGAACCGGCUCAGCGUGCCUACCGGGAACUGAAUGUCAAUGCGGUCCUGACGGGCCGCCGUCGCAGCCAGGGCGGUAAACGGGGUGAACUUGAUAUUAUUGAGGUCGACGAAGCCGGUCUCAUCAAGGUCAACCCCCUGGCUAACUGGACCUUCGACCAAGUGCGGCAGUACAUCAAGGAAAACAACGUGCCUUACAAUGAGCUGCUGGACCGCGGCUACAAGAGCGUUGGAGACUGGCACUCGACGCAGCCGGUGAGGGAGGACGAGGACGAGCGGGCUGGUCGUUGGAAGGGCCAGGCGAAGACGGAAUGUGGCAUCCACAACCCGCGAUCCAGGUACGCUCAAUACCUGAUGGAAAUGGAGCGGAAGCGUCAGGAAGAAGCUCUUUCGCAGGCGCUCCAAUCCCAGUUGACCACUGGCCCUACUGAGGGAGUCCAGCAAUGA